CCAUCUUUUCUUUUGUCGUAAUCUCAAUGUUCGCGCACGGGGUUGAGAACGAAAAUUAAGUUUCGUUCUGAAUUAUGGUAUGGUGUUGAAAAUGGGAGACGUCGACAAUAUUGAUUUGUAUGCUGACGACCUAGAGGGACAAGACUUUGGGCAAGGCGAAUAUAACGCCGAAGUAGACUUAUAUGAUGAUGUGAUAGCAGCUCCAGCCUCAGGUGUUGAAAAUAAUUCUGGAGGUCCGCCUGGAGCCCCCAUAAUCACGAACAACGAUGUUAGCACAAACCAUGGAGGUCCUCAGUUCAACAAUGGACCACAUAAUAACCAGCAAGUAUCUCAUGGUGGACAACAAAGGCGGCAUCAAGUUUAUGUUGGAAAUCUGACUUGGUGGACAACAGAUCAAAAUAUCAUUGAUUCAAUUGUGGCAGUAGGCAUCAAUGAUUUUCUUGAAGUCAAAUUUUUUGAAAAUAGAGCAAAUGGACAAUCUAAAGGAUUUUGCUUGGUUUCCCUUGGCUCAGAACAGAGCAUACGCAUGUGUAUGGAGCGUCUUCCGAAGAAGGAGUUACAUGGUCAAAAUCCAGUUGUCACAUACGCUACUAAACAAGCUUUAGCCCAGUUUGAAGCUCAAUCCAAAACACGGCCACCCCCUCAACAGCAACAAAAUCAACAAAGAGGACCCCACCCAGGAAUGAACAUGCAGCAUCUAGGUCAACACGGCCCUCGUGGCAUGAUGAUGCAGGGUCCACCUCAAGGAAUGCGACCUCAAGGACCGCAAGGGCACAGAAUGCCACCCCCUGGCAUGAACCAGAUGCCUCAUCAUGGAAAUCAAGGACCUCGAAUGCCUGGACCACCCCAUAUGCAAGGACAGCCAGGAGGACCCCCGCAGGGUCACCAAUUCCCUCCGCAGGUUCCGAAUCAGCAGCAGUGGAAUGGUCCGCAGGUACCCCAAAAUGGUGGGUUCAUGCGUGAUUUCUCUGGGCCUCCUAGGCCUGGUGGCCCACCUCCGCAACAACGACCUCCUGGACCCCCAGGAAUGCAGCAGUUCCAAAUGAUGCCUGGACAAGGACCACCUCGUGGACCUCCCAUGCCGCAGGGUCCUCCUGGAGGGCCUCAGCAAGGUCCACCCGGAGGUCCACAUCCUGGAGGACCCAGGCCUGAUUGGAACAGACCUCCUGGUAUGCCUCCUCAUCAAAUGCAGGGCCCAGGGGGUUACCCUCCACAUCAGCAAGGUCCACCUCAAGGUCCCCCACCUGGACAGGGUCCUCAUGGUCCUCGAGGCCCGAUGCCUCCCAACCAAAUGGGUGGUCCUCCUGUUCAUGGAGUACCACCAACGCACCCACACAAUGGUCCACCAUCUCAGCCGCCUGCACCACAUGUCAAUCCAGCAUUCUUUCCACAGCAGCAAGGACCUCCUCCUCAUAGUCAGCCUGGAGGCCCACCUCCUCAUGGAUAUGGACAUGGCUUGGUUCCGAACUCUAGGCCUCCUUAUGGAGCACCUCCACCAACUGAUCACAGGACUCCAGAUGGGCCACCACCUAUUAGUGAAGCUGAGUUUGAAGAAAUAAUGGGACGGAACCGAACUGUUUCAAGUUCCGCGAUAACAAGAGCUGUCACUGAUGCAGCUGCAGGUGACUAUGCCAGUGCUAUCGAAACUCUAGUGACAGCUAUUUCCUUAAUUAAGCAGUCGAAGGUCUCAAGCGAUGACCGAUGCAAGAUUUUAAUAAGUUCUCUGCAAGAUACGCUGCACGGUGUUGAAAGUAAAAGCUAUGGGGCAUCACGGAGAGACCGAUCCAGGUCUCGAGAUAGAGACCGCUCCCACAAAAGAUCUCGCAGAGACAGAUCACGUUCCAGGGAACGCGACUAUAGAGACAGAAGUCGAGAUAGAGAUCGUGAUAGAGAAAGGGAACGAGAGAAAGAAAGGUACUAUGCUGAGCUGUAUCGCGACAGAUCAAGGAGUCGUGACCGGGAUCGUGAACGCGAGUAUAGGGAAAGGAGCCGAGAAGACAGUUCUUCGCGGGCAGCAAGAUCUCGGGCAGUUAAGUCACCUGUCGACCCUGUUGAGGCACCAGUUGUUGUGAGCUCCAAAUCAAGAACAGGGGGAUCAAACAUAAUUUCAUCUAGGGCAGCAUUGGAAACUUCAGAGAAUGUUAAGAGCCAAUCCAGGUCUUAUUACGAUGAUCGUUAUCGCGAACGAGAACGUGACACAAGGGACCGUGAUCGUGACAGGGAAAGAGAACGGGAACGAGAAUCUUCAAGAAGAGAUCCAGAGCGCGACCGUGAAAGAGAGAGGGAAAGGAGAGAAGAACGGUCUGAAUCCACGCACCACAGCUCCAGACAUUAAUGACAAGGCGUUUGGCAUGUCGUUUGCUGCUAUAUCUCCGUAUUCUGCUCUAUCCAACCGUUUUGUAGAUUUAAGAAAGUAGUGCUAAUUGUUGGAUAUUAAGGAAUUAAAAAUUUAAUUAUUCAUUCAUUAUGUUUAUUCAUCUUGAUGUUUCUCGCAUGAAUUAGGACUCCUGCUUCUAUUUGUCAGGUUUUAAGUUUUAGCCUGUCUUGACAUCUUUUUAAAUUAGUUCUGCUGUUGUUUAUGGCAUAACCCGACAUAAUAAGAAUAUAAAUCCAUGGUAUGAGACAGCCUUUUAUCGUCAUUAUCGAUUUGAGACAAAUGCGUCCCCCUUCUUCAAUGUAUGUUUGUAUAUUUCCGUUCCGCCUUCAACCCUCUCAUGGUUUAUAUCGUUUUUGACUUUCUCAAUAAUUCACUCCUUGUCCAAAAGGUUAACGUGCUCACAGAUGUAAGUUUUACUUGAGCAAACUAUUGAAUUAACAUUUAUCUUCACUGGUAUUUUAAUGCGUGUAAAGUCUGUUACACAAGUCAUUUCAAGUUCAAAGCGGUUUAAAUUUUCUGAAGAAAAGAAACUCUAUAGAAAAUCCCGCAGAAUUGGAUUGGAGUUUAUGUUUUCUUUCGAAGUGACCUCAAAUGAAUGAUUUUGUAUGUGUUUUAAUUUUCCUAUCAUAUUUCUUCCCAGCCUUUUGUAGUUUAAAACUUCAAUUAAAUAUAGUUGUGUUUCUCAGAAUUUUAAGCGUAAUUGCUAUAAGCCCGGUCCUCAUUCUUUUCAUAUUGGGCCUUUGUUUCCCCUAUAUCUACCUUAUGAGUCAAAUUUUUCUAACUUUUCGAGCCUUUCAAAUUUAAACCAAAUUUUGAAAGUCCUCGACUUCCAUGGAUAUUCCGAACUUGACAGUAAGAAUUAUUUUCCAAUUAUAAAUUUGUCUGUACAUUAUCACGUUUAAGUUACUCCAGCAAGGUAGGCUCAUUUGCGCAAGUCUCAACACUUGACUCUGUUUAAGCUGUGAGUUGAACAGGUUAUCUCAGAACAGAAACCUUUAAUUGUAUCGAAAUAAAUUUUUAUGCAACAUUUAAUAUUGUACAGGGAACCUUGUAUUGUAGUUAAUACAGGAUAUCACUGCCAGACCAAGCAGUUGCUCUGCUUUGUCUGCAUCAUAUUACUCUUGAAGACUUUAUUUUCAUGAAAUAGACUCAGCUUUAAAGAAACUCUAUCUUGAAGUCUUGAACUUUUCUUUGUCAUCUUUAUAAUCUUUGAUAAAGUGUCAACUUUACACCACAUUUUUGUACAGUUUCAUUUCAUUGAUAUCACCUCAACAAUUGAGCUCGGUUUUCAUCAUAAUGAGGGCCAAAAUCUAUCAUUUUUCAUUGAUAAAAUUUGAACAGUGUUCGUGCAUAGUUAGUUAAUAACGUAAAGUGCAUCUGUGUUAAUGGAUUAUUGGUACUUCUAAUUUUGAUAUGUCUGCCGAGUUUUUGAUGCUUGAUGUCUCUAAAGUCACCAAAUGAAUGUGUGUAAUGCAAUUAAAACACUAUUACUAACUCGA